GAAAGAAGUGCGGAGAAAAAAAAAGAUAUGAGCACAAAAGUAGUCACAGCUCACAACUCACAAGUCCCCCACGAAAUAUUUAUAUAUGCAAUUAUGCAAAUAUUUACAAGUUGGAGUCCCUACGCAAUCGGCAAUCUCACACCGCUAAAAAUGUACGUACGUACGUACGUGCACUCUGUGAUAAAUACGAGUACAAUACACACUGGACCCCACAAGACCAUCAGUACUACGUAUUCUGUAUGUAUAAAUAUUGAGGCCACUACACGGUUUCUUCCCACCGCACAACAUAUAAUCUCUGCUCUGACGGUCUGCAAAACUCAGACCGAUACCAUUGUUGAUCGAGCUCAGGCCAGUCUGUAUCUCAAUUCCUUAGGGACGUAAAUACGUACAGUAUAGCACCAAAUGUUUCUUAAAUAAUACAGUAAUUAACUAACUAACCUUCCUUUAAUUGGUCCAUUUUGUUUCGCAUUUUAUGAAUAUAGGCCGGGCCGGCGGUGGUGAUCUAAGAGAAAUGGGUCAUUCUUGGGUUUACGUUCUGAUGGGCUUUCUGUGUUUUACUUCACCAUGUCGUGUUCAUGGCGGCGAUGCUGGUGGCUGGACGGAUGCUCAUGCCACCUUCUACGGAGGUUCCGAUGCUUCCGGAACGAUGGGAGGAGCUUGUGGGUAUGGGAAUUUGUACAGUGAAGGGUAUGGUACAAACACAGCAGCACUGAGUACAGCUCUGUUCAACAAUGGGCUCAGCUGUGGAGCUUGCUUUGAGCUGAAAUGUGUGAAUGCACCAGGCAGCUGCCUGGAAGGCAACCCCUCAAUAGUGGUCACAGCCACCAAUUUCUGCCCUCCCAAUUUGGACCUCCCCAACAACCAAGGUGGGUGGUGCAACCCUCCCCUCCGCCACUUUGACCUCUCUCAGCCCACUUUCCAACAAAUUGCUCAAUACAAAUCUGGGAUUGUCCCUAUCUCCUACCGAAGCGUACCCUGCCAAAAGAAGGGAGGAAUAAGGUUCACAGUAAACGGACACUCAUACUUCAACUUAGUCCUGAUCACCAAUGUUGGCGGAUCGGGUGAUGUCCACGCAGUGUCCAUCAAGGGCUCCAAGACCAAUUGGAUGCCCAUGUCCAGGAACUGGGGGCAGAAUUGGGAGAGCAACUCCUACCUCGGCGGGCAGACCCUAUCCUUUAGGGUAACCACCGGUGACGGUCGCACCGUCGAGUGCAAUGAUGCCGUGCCCCCCGACUGGUACUUCGGCCGAACCUACCUCGGCACCCAAUUCACUUAACUAAAUCAAAAUGAUAUAAUUACCAUAAAUAGUUAUUACUACAGAUAUAAAAGGAUGAAAUAAAAUAAAUGGUUAGUCCGUAGUUGAAUAGAAGGGGGAAUCGAAGGGCUUAUUUUUUAAAAGUGGCUCUCGAUGAUCUGAUACCCCUUUUUGAAACCAAGGUUUUUAGGCUCAUAAAAUUGAACAAUCUAUGUUAGUGUUCGAAUAUCUGUGUUCGUGAUAUUAAAAUGAGACAGAAAUUAUGGACACGGGAGAUGUAUUUUAGUGAUUUGUUUAAUUAUUUGGUACUUUCGAGAGAUGUAUGAAAUUGUUGUCACUUGUUUGUUUGUGAACUCCGUAUGAGGUUGAAUAAAUUAAUGAGUGUGUCACUGUGUUGGUG